AUGGCUAGGAAAAACACGCGAGGAGUCCGUGCGAGCACCGACGAAGGCGAUCUCGUCUUGGGCUCUGCGAAUUGUGAAAUGAUUUUGUCUAAAGAGGAGUUCGACAUGCUGCAGGCUUUUCAUCGGUUUGUACCGCUACCAGCGCUAACUUCUCGCAUCCUACGGGUUUACUGCGAAGACGAUCUACAAGUUCCAGAGGUGUACGAUGACGUCGAAGAAGCAGUCAAUCCAUCAUCUGAACAUGGACAAACUACCACGAAAGGCUCAACAUCAGGCAACAUUCUUCGUCAUCCUUGCCGGCCCAGAAAUCUCAGAAAGAAACCUCACUUCAAGGUCAAUCUAACAUCUCAAACUCCACGCAUCCAGCAAUCUAGACCACCAAGCUCAAGCGACUUCGAGCGCUCCGACCGUCCUGAAACUCCAGAAUAA